AUGGAUAGCAAUAAUGAUUAUAGCUUUGAUAACAUCCCUUGUACUAGCUUUUAUACUGAUUCUUAUACUGACCUUUAUGCUGACUCUUAUUCUGACUCUUAUGUUGAUCCUUAUGCUGACCCUUAUGCUGACUCUAAUGCCAAUCCUUAUACUGACCCUUAUGCUGAUUCUAAUGCCGAACCUCAGAAUAAAAACAAUGAACUUUGUAGCACCACAGCCAGAAGUAAGACUAAUGAUAGAACUAAAGAUGAAGAAAAUAUUAAAAAAAUCUGUGUAAAUAUAACAGAUCCAUGA